AUGAUGGUCCAACUUGAGGCAAUCGAGUUUGUCGGCGCCAGCGCUUCAAACGGCGUAGAGUUGAGGGCAGCGAGAGCAGAUGCAGAAUUCCGCGAGCGCUGCACUGCGCCACGGGAGCGUCCAGUUGCGGCAAGGCCGACAAUUCUGGCAAAUGUGCCACAGCUGCACUCUGCUACGUGUAAGCGCGGGAUUGGUCUCACGCACAACGGAUCUUUGCAGCCCGUCCUCUGCUGGGCCACCGACGCUGGGCGUGGCGGUCAAGUCCGCCGACCUGGAUAGAGGCCUCGCAGUGUGACUUCUUGUUAUUGUUGUUGUCUACCGUGCCUAUACGGUAUACCUAGGUGUAGUCCGAUCAAUGUGGGGUAGGACGCUUGCUGGAACCUGGAGGGCCGUCCGGUUCGCGUCGGCGGCUCGCGCGUCAAAACUCAGAAGCACCAAGCCGCUUCCAAUCCUCUGCGAGUUCCCCGCUGGUUCAGCACACGGCUGGUUCAGCACACGGCUGGGCGGUGUGCGUGGCGAG